UGACCCGAAAAGGAACCGACUACAGACCCAACCCAAGCCAAGGCCCAAAUCGCAACAAAUAGCGGGAAGUCGGGAAGAAAAGAAUCAGCAGGAAGAAGGCGAUCUUUCUCCAAUUCGUUAAUUUUCUACUACCAAGCUCAACGUUUUAUAAUUUUGCAAAUAUGAUGGGAAUUAUGAGGCAGAAAGUGGCUUCUGGAAGCUUCUCUCAACCGUUGCAGAGGAUUAGACCUGCUAUUUUGGGUUUGAGAAGCUACUCAUCUUCUGGAAAACAGAUGAUGGUUAGGGAUGCCAUUAACUCUGCUAUUGACGAGGAGAUGGGUGCUGAUCCUAAAGUAUUUUUGAUGGGAGAAGAGGUUGGGGAAUAUCAAGGUGCCUAUAAGAUCACAAAAGGAUUGCUCGACAAGUAUGGUCCCAAUAGAGUUAUUGACACACCAAUCACAGAGGCUGGUUUCACCGGUAUUAGUGUUGGUGCUGCUUUCCAUGGCCUGAAGCCUAUUGUGGAGUUCAUGACUUUUAACUUUGCUAUGCAGGCAAUUGACCACAUAAUAAACUCUGCUGCAAAAACAUGCUACAUGUCUGCAGGCCAGAUCACUGUUCCCAUUGUUUUUAGGGGUCCUAAUGGUGCUGCUGCAGGAGUUGGUGCCCAGCAUUCCCAGUGUUAUGCACCAUGGUAUGGCUCUUGUCCUGGAUUGAAGGUGUUGACUCCAUACUCAGCCGAGGAUGCUCGGGGAUUGUUAAAGGCAGCCAUUAGGGAUCCUGAUCCAGUUGUUUUUCUGGAGAAUGAAAUACUAUAUGGAGAGUCAUUUCCGAUUUCUGAUGAAGUUGUAGAUCCCAACUUUACUAUCCCUAUUGGAAAGGCCAAGAUUGAAAGGGAAGGGAAGGAUGUGACAAUAACAGCAUUUUCAAAGAUGGUGGGUUUUUCUCUCAAGGCAGCUGAGAUACUGGAAAAAGAAGGAAUAAGUGCUGAGGUCAUUAAUUUACGAUCAAUUCGGCCUCUGGAUAGAGCAUUGAUCAAUGAUUCUGUCAGGAAAACAAGCAGAUUGAUAACUGUUGAAGAAGGGUUCCCACAGCAUGGUGUUGGAGCUGAAAUCUGUACAUCUGUUAUUGAGGAUAGCUUUGAUUAUCUUGAUGCACCUAUUGAGAGGAUUGCUGGGGCCGACGUACCAAUGCCUUAUGCACCCAACCUUGAGAAAAUGGCUCUACCACAGAUUGAAGAUAUCGUAUGUGCUGCAAAGCGGGCAUGUUAUAGAGCAGUACCAGUGGCAGCUGCAGCAUAAGCUUUACCAUACCUUUUAUGUACCUUUCAGAUUUUUUUUUAUUUUUUUUUUUAUGAUGACAGAGUGAAUUUUUUCUGGUGAUGGCACAAAUAUGGUUCAGUUUGAUUUUUCUUUGAAAUAAGUUUAAAGUGCGGGAGAUGGACAAUUCUUCAUGAGCUUUUUUUGAGGAAAUUCUUUGUUGUUGUAGUGUAUGCAUUUUCUCUUAGCUUUGUUUCUUAGCUUUGUUUCUUGUUUGUGCGAUUCAAAUCUUUUUGUAUGGGAUUUACUUUUUGUUGCU